AUGUCUGAAGAAGUUCAUGAACUUACUUCUGCUGGAAGAAUUAAAAGGCCUGCUUAUAAUAAAGUAGCACAAUUGGUUAAGGUUGCUUGGAUAGCAUUAAUGUUGAAAAAAUCAAAAAAUCCUUCAAAUGCUGUGGUAUUUAUUUCUGUAGCAAAAGAUGGCACAGAAGAUGAUUUUAUUUUUGAUUAUGAUUUUCUAAAUGAUGAAAAUAAUAAUCUAGGUGAUGAUGUGGUGUUUGAAGAUACCAUAUAUGAUGAUUUUGUUGCUGUACCCGAGUACUUACAUGGAGGUCUGACAUUCACAAUAUAUAGUAUCUGGAAUACUUUACAUUCUAAGCCACUCCAGAAGGAGGGACAUUAUACACAGAGGGUACUAUAG